GUGUGACGUCACGCGCUGGAGAGCGCGGCGUGCUGUGUGAUUGGCUGAGGCGGAGUCACGGGACUAGGAAAGGGGAAAAGGAGAGAAACAGAUUGAGAGAAGUGCUGUGUGAGUCUGAGCUCCGGCGACAUGAGUGAGUCUUUAGUUGUGUGUGAGGUGGAUGGAGACCUGGUGAAGAAGCUGAGGGAGUUCCGCUUCAGAAAGGAGACCAGCAACGCCGCCAUCAUCAUGAAGAUUGAUAAAGAUCGACAGCUGGUGGUCUUGGAUGAGGAGUAUGAAGAUGUUUCUCCUGACGAGCUGAAGGACGAACUGCCCGAGAGACAGCCCAGAUUUGUAGUGUACAGUUAUAAAUACCAGCAUGAUGAUGGACGAGUGUCGUAUCCUCUCUGCUUCAUCUUCUCCAGCCCAGUCGGCUGUAAACCGGAGCAGCAGAUGAUGUACGCUGGAAGCAAAAACAAACUGGUGCACACUGUGGAACUGACCAAGGUGUUUGAGAUCAGGAACACGGAGGAUCUGACGGAGGAGUGGCUGAGGGAGAAACUCGGCUUCUUCCGUUAAAAAAAAACAACAAAACCGUCCAAUCACAUCGCAGCAACAAUGAACACAACGCUGUACGUCACCUCCGAGAGGAAACCAUCGUCCAUUUAACAAUAACCUGUGUGUGUGUGUGUGUGUGUGUGUGUGUGUGUGUGUGUGUGUGUGUGUUUUUAAAGAAUGCUACACAGAUAACAGACGCUGAACCUGACCAGACUUCCACUCGUCACAGAAACAUCAUUAAUCAGUAAAUCUUUCAUUUUUAAACUGUAAAAUCUUCUUGUUUUUUAGUUUGAGGGAAUAAACACCGCCGUCCACACGAGAGCAGAGCGAUAAACAAACUCUCACCUGGUGCAGGUGUGUUAAAGUCACUCAGUAAUCACUGCUGAAGACGUAGGGCUGCAUCCCAAACGCUAGCGUUUACUAACAUAGUGCUUAUUACACUUAAAGAACCCUAACCUGCGCACUGACAUAGCCGAAUCAGUAUCACACGCUCCACUGGCAGUGCAUUAUGGGUAAUACACUCUGAGUAGUGGUGAACGCUAGCGUUUGGGACGGAGCCUCUGAUUGAUGUACAGUCAACACUGAAAAACAGUGUGUCUGGGUGGGUGGGUGUGUGUGUGUGUGUGUGUGUGUGUGUGUGCUCGUGAUUAAAAAAACAUGCCGACUGUCGAACAGCUCUCAGCCAAUCAGAACACACGAUACACUGCACAUCUGUUUAUCAUCAGUGUCUCCUAACUGACUUUACACAGAAAAUUCACUUCAAGUGAAAGUGUUUCAGCAGACGACGUAAACUAGGGAACAAACAACCUCAAACUACGGGACUAAAUCAGGGAGAGAACGUCUGAGAUGUUAGGGCAAAAUAUUUUUAAAAAUUAGGCCACAUCUCAGAGAUAAGGACACUAAGAAUAAAAUUGGGAGACCUGGUGACACUAGGAAGUGAGAAAGAAGGAAACUAGGGAAUAUUUGAGAACGUGGGACAGUAAAGUAGGGAGGAAGGAACGUAGGGAACAUGUGAGACCAAGUGAAGAAGUGAAACUCCUGCGUGAGUUGUCGUAUAUCUUUGGACUAAAAUUACCCUCAGUUCCCAAGAGCCCUAGAGUUGUUCCCUUCCUUUUAGUGCCCUUUAUUACAGCAGGGAAUAGAUUGAAGCACGUCCCGCUGUUAUUAAGACGUGAUCACAUGACCAACGUAAUUUCACCUCACGGAGGUUCAGACUUACUCCUCGUAUCCAGUCCAGCGUCACUCUCUGUGGUGUCAUCUGAUGUACAUUCCCAGUGCAUUGUGGGUAACAGACAGGCCGCAUGAACACUAGAGAACGCUGAGUCUUAUCGGAGCGUAUCUUAUCGACGGAGCCGAGAUUAGUGUGUCCGUGUAACGGAUCAGAUUUAUUCACUACAUUCCAGAUAAAUCACACGUACUGUUCGUUAUUUACUGCGAUCAUGAACCUGAAUAAUGCCGUAAGAACGUCUGCGGCGGCGACGUUCAUGCGCUUAUAGCACAGUUAUAACACUCUAAUUAACCACCACGUGCCGCCUCGUGUACAGUGACUGAAUACAGAUAUUUAAAUCAUCCUCCGCUCUCACACACACACACACACACACACACACACACACACCUUCAUUUCCUUCUUUAUCGUCUGAGACAGUAAAAUAUUCUCAUUAUAUCAUAAACCACAUGAAGAUGUCUUAAACCAGUGAAUGUGUUUAAUUAAAAAACAAACACCGAUCUGUGUGUGUUUCUUACCUUUCAGAUAAACACUCAGAAAUUGUGUUUUGGAUUUUAAAUGUUUGUGAUGUGUAGAAUAUUUCGGGGUUUUUUUGGCCUGUGACGUCUGUGUUGAAUAUUUGUACUUUUCCAUGGUUUCUACGAUGUCUUAUGUAUCCACUGUUCCCAAUAAAACUACAGCUCAUGACAAA